CAGACAAGGGGUGGGGGGGGGGCCCGUGAUGGGAUCAGUCAGAUGCCCACCUGGCCACUCCCCUGAGGGGACUUAGGUUCCUCUUAGCAUUGGCAGGUCGGUAUAAACCCCUGGCUCAGAUCGAGCCAUGCCCGAUGCUGCCUUAAGCCUUAUGAGGUCGCCACAGAACCGCAAGUGAGGGCCCACUCGAACUCCGUAGCUUUCCCUGAGGAGCUACAAACUGGAAAUUCAAGCGCAAGCCCUUGAACUCCCCAUUCACGCACUCACACAGAGUUUAUAACAGUUUUCUUAUUCUUGUUCUAAAACAGAGGUCUCCAGGAGACCUGAACGAGAGAAGGAGGAGAGAUAAAGGAGGGAGGGAGAGAGAGGGAGAGAGGGAGAGGGAGAGAGGGAGAGGGAGAGAGGGAGGGAGAGAGAGGGAGAGAGAGAGAGAGAGAGAGAGAGAGAGAGAGACUGACUGACUGAGACUAGUCUUAAUGGAGAGGCUGGCCUGCCAGAAACCAGGACUCAGUCCUCCAGCGUCCUGGAAUAUGGACAGAGUCAAGGGAGGGCCCCCGUCGGGCCGCUUCCCUCCCAAAGAGACACAGAGGCACCUAAUAGAAAACCAGGACUCUGUCCUCCAGUGUCCUAGAACGCGAGCAGAGUUAAAAAGGGAGGGCCCUCGUCAGAGCCACUUCCCUCCCAGAGAAACAGAGUCAGAUCUGACUCACCUUCCCGUGACCAGAAACUGAGGACUCAGUUGAAUUUUUGUGGGCUCACACCGGUGGUCGAUCCAUUCCCCUCCGGAAGACCGGGUCUUAUGGGGCCCUGGAACGUCUUUAGGUGCCACCUCCCCUAUAAGUCCACUGUCUGUCCAGGGGAGCCUGAAACAAGUCUGGCUCUCACCCGGUGGCGAAAUCUCGCUGGGGCCUCCAAAUGUUGUAACCAAGCGAGUUAUAAAGAAACGCCACACUUUGAGACAAAUUAAGGGGACCUUUAUUAGCCAGCGACCUAGAGGCAGCUAACGCUCAAAAUUCUCUUGGCCCUGAGGAAGGAGCUGGUUUUGUUUUUAUACUGUGGUCUAAACAGGGAAGGGGGGAGUUUAGCUGAAGCAAUUUUACAGAAGCAGAAGAGGCAAAAAGUUAAAAAAAUUGGUUAUAGACGCAGUUACAAAAAAUAGUUCCAGGUGCAGGGGCUUAAACUAUCACUAAGAGAGAAACGCAGGGGCUUUUAAGUACCUUCCACCGAGCACAUUCCCGGGAGCUGCUGGUACAGCCUGCCUCGAUAUCUUACCAGCAGGUGUAUUCUUGGAUGUUCUUGGAGUCAGCUUGCACUAGUUAUUCCCUUAAGGGGGAUAAAGGGGGCUGCAAGUGAAGAAACUAAAAUGGAGUCUGUCCGGCUCUCUCUGCUAGGAGAGAGUCACUCAGAUUAAAACAAGGUAGGGUAUCACAAAUGAUUCACUUAGACGGGAAGUCUGUCCUCCUAAAAGUAGCUAAGCACAGAGAGAAACAUUCCCUGUUCAGCUGGCUGAGACUUCCGCUGAUUACAAAAAAAAAAACAACCUCUGCCCCAUAAAUCUCCCCACUGAAACCGGUCUACUCCUUCCUAUGAAAGUAAAAGACACCCCCGCCCCGCCCCGGUUACCCCAACAGUGUGAUUUCCACUUCUGGGGCGCUCUCCCUAUGGCAGUAGCCUGAAUAAUUUCAAUGUAUUGGAUUGUUUGGUUUCUGUCUUUACCAAGGUGCAUUUAUCAUUCAUGCAAAAACAGUAAAAAAAAAAAAGAAAAAGAAAAAUGAAACAGCACGUGUCGGUUCUCAGGGGCGCGCCCUAGCUCAAAACUCCCAGCCAAUCACAGGAGAAGUCGGCCACCUCCCAACUCUCCAGCCCAGUUCCUACGUCCCUCGCCCGGGAAGUCACGUCCGCUAAAGGGAGUCUCUUCCCAUGGCCUCCGGAAGCAUUCGGCAGUCCACGAGCCACACUUCAGAGAGGGCCGCUCCGGGAACGCCGCGGCGCACCUCCGGAAGGGAUGACCUCCACGCCUUCUCCCCUCGCAGCCCACCCGAGCGGCGUGGGUCGCGAGAAGCCACGCAACCGCUCCGUCUUCCAGCUCCGGCGGUCCGCGGCAGCCAAAGGUGAAAGGUGUAGCAGUCACUCGGCCUACACCCACAGCAUCGGCCUCGUGAAUCCAGCGACCUGACUGCCUUGGGAGAAUUGAAGCGAAUGAGAGUGGGGAGUGUGAGAGGUGCGUUCGGUGCAGCAUUUCUGGCAUGGGAACAGAACUGGCCAGGAGGAAGUGACGGAAUUUGGAAACGAUUUCCAUAGGCAUGAGCAGCCUUUUCGACUAGAUGCAAACCCAGUGGUCGGGAAGGCGAACAUACAAAAGGGUGUGUCCCCAUGAUGCAAGCGCUUACAGUCGAGUAAAAGUCUCCCUUGUGAAUGGAUGAAAAUGAACGCUCAUGGGCAGAGCACCUUCUGGGUUCUGCCCACACACGUUCCUCGCUACCUUCUUGGUGUCUGAGAACCUCCAGCUUCAUCUCCUUUUCUGGACCCGAGGGCCUGGCGGAGCUUCCAGCUGGGACCAGACCUCCAUGGAUCCACUCCAGAAACGGAAUCCAGCAUCGCCUUCCAAAUCUUCCCUGAUGACAGCUGCAGAGACUUCCCAGGAAGGUCCAGCGCCCUCUCAGCCUUCGUACUCAGAACAGCCGAUGAUGGGCCUCAGUAACCUGAGCCCCGGUCCUGGCCCCAGCCAGGCCGUGCCUCUCCCAGAGGGGCUGCUCCGCCAGCGGUACAGAGAGGAGAAGACGCUGGAAGAGCGGCGGUGGGAGAGGCUGGAGUUCCUUCAGAGGAAGAAAGCAUUCCUGCGGCAUGUGAGGAGGAGACACCGUGAUCACAUGGCCCCCUAUGCUGUUGGGAGGGAAGCCAGAAUCUCCCCGUUAGGUGACAGAAGUCAGAAUCGAUUCCGAUGUGAAUGUCGAUACUGCCAGAGCCACAGGCCGAAUCUUUCUGGGAUCCCUGGGGAGAGUAACAGGGCCCCACAUCCCUCCUCCUGGGAGACACUGGUGCAGGGCCUCAGUGGCUUGACUCUCAGCCUAGGCACCAACCAGCCCGGGCCUCUGCCUGAAGCGGCACUCCAACCACAGGAGACAGAGGAGAAGCGCCAGCGAGAGAGGCAGCAGGAGAGCAAAAUAAUGUUUCAGAGGCUGCUCAAGCAGUGGUUAGAGGAAAACUGAGACGUGCACCCACAUGGGAUGGAGACCCAAAGGGACUCAGACGGAGCCGCCGUGUUGGCAGCGCCUGGGUGUGGGCCCAUUUUGGGGACCAAACAGCAAGCUGUGGUCGGAUGAGUGCCAGGACCUGUGUACCGGGACACGUGGGAAUCCUCCCAGCAUGAUGCUUGACCGACCCGAGGAAGGUCCUCAUCUUUCGUGCCUGUCAUUCUCGGAUGGCUGUGAGACAUUCCUUGGCAAGGGACGCUGCGUACCAGCGGUCCUUGCCGCAUCUCACAUGGCUCCUGUGAUGCAUGUUGUCGCUUUCCCACCCGGGAUCUCCAUCUCUCUUCCCUUCCUGCUGUCAGUAAGAGAUCACAUGUCUGUGUAGUGUGAAUGCCUUGUCGCUGUCCCGUGCUUUUGCACCAUUGGGUUGACUGCCUCUGAGAAGCAGCACUAGGCCUGUUGAAAUGCAAUGUGCUGCCCUGAGAUCCAGUUUCAAGAAUGGGCAGCUAAACACAGUGUGGGAAAGGAAUGUGGAAUGAGAACUUGGUGGUUCACCGCUGUACUAUUUGCGUAAAUGUUUAUGUAUGUGAUAAGCUACAUGUAUGUAAAUGUUGCAAUACCCCUAACAGUCGAGUAGUAUUCUCCCUUACAGGAAUUUUUGACGGGGUUCCUUAUCAUCAAUACCAAAUAAAUAGAUGUAGGAAUGGAAAA